AUGGUUGAAGAUCCCAAAGAAUUAUGGGAUUGCCUUAAUGAAAGAUUUGGACACCACAAAAGGGUGCUCCUUCCUAAGGCAUUAUUUGACUGGACAAAUUUACGGUUCCAGGAUUUCAAAUCUGUAAUAGAUUACAAUUCAACCAUACAUGAGAUAGUAUCUAUAUUGAGAUACUGUGAUCAUCCAGUCACCGAUGAACAAAUGAUUGAAAAAACACUCACUACCUUUCAUGCAAGCAACAUACUGUUGCAAGAACAAUAUCGUGAAAGAGGUUUUAAGAAGUUUAAUGAAUUAAUGAGUAAGGGACAGUUAUCUGGAAGCCACAAACAAACUCCUUCGAAAGGAAAAGACACAUGUUACAGAUGUGGCAUGACAGGACAUUGGGGACGUACUUGUCGAACGGCCAAACAUUUGGUAGACCUUUACCAGGCUUCUGUAAAAGGCAAAGAGAAAAAUGCAGAAGCAAAUUAUGUUAAUGAGGAAAAUGCUCCUUGUCCCAGCCUUGAUGUGUCUGAUUAUUUCAUGGAUAACUGA